UCAGAGGUCAUCUUAUCCAAGCCCUGUGCACUGAGCAGGGACAUCUUUAAUUAGGUCAGGUUAAGCCUUUUGCCUUAGCAGACAAACCAACGAGGGAACCUCUCGGGUUUGACCCACUGCUGUUGCCUGUAUUCCUGCACAGCGGCCAUUCCACAGCUGUGGUUUUCAGAGAAGAGACAUUUGUUGCGCUGUUUUUCAGACUCUUUCUGUUUGUCCUUAAUGAAGAAGCAUGGACGUCGUCUACUCUGCGUUCCCCGUAGGCAGCAGGGCCUCUGGCUGGCGGGAUGUAAAUACUGAUCGGGUAGCAGAGAAAGGACCCUUCUGAAACGUUUCCCUGUGCGUCCCUGGAGGACAAAGCUUCUUUCAAGCAGCUUGAGGAUUUUAUUUACUCUUUGUCGUUGCUUGCUGUGGAUUUUCAACGCUCGGCCUUUGUUUAUAGCCGAGGGCUUCCGUUAGUCGGCUCUGCCAGGGAGAUGGGCUGCCUGGGGAGGGAGCGAGGGCGGCAGGCGCGACAGGGGCUGCGGGGAGGGGAAGGAUGGGAGCUGGUGGCGUUUGCUGGUACUGAGCAGCCUGUGCCUGGUCUUCAGGCUGAGCACACAUCGCGUUGUGCAAGGUAGCAGCGUGUGGCGUGUCCCUCUCAGAACUGUCUUUUAUUCUAGCUUAGUAAAGCAGAGCUCCUUACCACUGAAUAUCAGCGUCUGGUUCUUUUCCCAGCUGUGUUUCUCUUGCUGACUUAAUUAAUUUUUAAAUUGGGGUAAAUGGGAGUGGAGUUUGGCUGCGGAGUGUUGGCUUGCUUAAAUUUUGGAUGAUUCCGUGAUCUUGUGCUGCUUUUGGGGGCUUUGGCUCAGUGUGGGAUGCUGAGACCGUUGGAUUUCCUCCCUGCUGUUGCUGCUUCUCUGGUAACGAGGUGAUGAUGAUUGGAGCCCUCGUCCUCGCAGUUGGGAUUUAUGCAGAAGUUGAAAGACAGAAGUACAAAACUCUAGAAAGUGCUUUCCUAGCCCCAGCAAUUAUUUUAAUACUUCUGGGUAUUAUAAUGUUCCUCGUGUCUUUUGUGGGUGUACUGGCUUCUUUAAGGGACAAUUUAUGCCUUCUGCAAGCAUUCAUGUACAUUCUUGGCAUCUGCUUGCUGAUUGAGCUGACUGGUGGAGUGGUGGCCCUGAUCUUCAGAAACCAGACAAUCAACUUUUUGAAUGAUAAUAUUAGAAGAGGAAUUGAGAAUUACUAUGAUGAUUUAGACUUCAAGAACAUCAUGGAUUCUGUCCAGAAGCAGUUUAAGUGCUGUGGUGGGGAAGAUUACAGAGACUGGUCACAGAAUGUGUACCACAAUUGUGCAGCACCAGGACCGCUGGCAUGUGGGGUGCCCUACACCUGCUGUGUCUCUAAUAAGACAGGCAUUAUGAACACCAUGUGUGGAUACAAAACCAUUGACAAAGAGCGCCUGAGUGUUCAGCACAUCAUCUAUGUCCGUGGGUGCACCAAUGCUGUGCUGAUUUGGUUCCUGGACAACUACAGCAUCAUGGCUGGCGUGCUGCUGGGCAUAUUGCUACCCCAGUUCCUGGGAGUGCUGCUGUCCUUACUUUACAUCACUCGGGUGGAAGAUAUCAUCACCGAGCACAAGAUGAGCGAAAGGCUCUUUGAGGAAGCAGAGCAGAGAUCUGCCCCGGACUUUGCUGGAGCUGGCUGCUGCAUGUGUUACCCGGGGUGACUCCAGAACCCUCAAACAGGGCUAAAAACAGGGCAAAACCAGCUCUUCUGGUUUGUGCUGGCUGUGACAGACUUGGGGUGUGAGGAAUCAGCCAGCAGACUGGUGGUGGGUCAGCAGCACGCCCGAUACCUCUGUGGCCUCGUUGCUCUCGAUGUGUCUGCAAGCAAAGACACAGCAGAAGGGCUCCUUCUGUGCUGCUGCUGCUGUGGUACCACGGUGCUGCUGUGGUACCAUGGUGCUGCUGUGGUACCAUGGUGCUGCUGGAAGGUGGGUUUGUGGGGCAUUAAAUCUUCUUAGAGUGAUUGCUGAGUGAUAUGCAGCCAGAAUAAGUCUCCUGGGAAGAUCAGAAGGUAGAUUUCUACAAAGGGAACCUUUCUCUCUUGUGAUGUCCUAUUUCAAUAUUUGUCCUUCCCAACUUUAUUUUAAUCCUUCCAAACCAGAUUUCUUACUGAUCUACCUGGUAAUUAUUAAACAUGUGUUUAAUAACUUUUUUUGGGGGGGUUUAAUGCUAAUCUUGAUGAAUUUACUGACAGUAAUGGAUGUGAUGCUGAAUGCUUUCAUUGCUCUGUCUUUUGUGCCUUCUAAUAAUGGGGCAAAUCCCAGUGUCCAGUCAGUCAGGUGAUUUUAAAAUGCAUUUUUAUUACUGCCUGGCUUUUGUAUAGACCUAGAGGAAGUCUGAGUCUUGUAUGUACUGUAUUUCUCCUCUUUAGUUAAUUUACUAGGUGGUUUAUGGCUUUUUUUGGGGGGGUGGAGUUAUUUUUGGAGUUCUCUUCAUUGAAAUGCUUCCAAAUUUUAUUCUUAUCAAAAUAAAACCAAGAAGGAUUUUGGUUUAUUUA